AGUGACCCCCAACCCGAAGCCCCGGCAACUGAGAGCAGCGGCACUACAGGUCCCGCCCGACAACAGGCGGUCAUAAGUCCGUCGAUCAGUCCGUCGUCUCCGGAGUCAGAAGCCGGGCCUCAAGUGAUGGCAGUGCCCGAGAGAUCCGGUGCUGGCAGUGGUCCCGAAGAAGGCCCUCACAGUCCCUUCGAUCAGCCCUCCACCAGCAAAGAGCCCAAAGAGAAGAAGUUGGUUGGGAGUAGUGGUGAGCAGUCGGUGCGCCCGAAGCAGGUGAUGAUUCACCACCCUGGUCAAACUAAGGCCAAACCCGCCACACGCAAGAAACACUCACUACAGGCCGAUCUGGACGUCGAUAAGGAGUUCCAGCGGUGCAAAGACGAGGGCUCGACACGACUCGACCUAACGAAGUGUAGUCUCACAACACUUCCCGCUUCUGUCAAAGAGUUGACACAUUUGGUUGAGUUUUAUUUAUAUCAAAACAAAUUAGUGACUCUUCCGCGAGAGAUCGGAAAUUUAGUGGAAUUACAAAUGUUAGCCGUAAACGAGAACUCGUUGACCAGUUUGCCCGACUCUUUGGCCAAUCUUAAAGUGCUUAAAGUGCUUGAUCUCAGACACAACAAACUCAAUGAGAUUCCUGAUGUGGUCUAUAAACUCACUUCUCUCACAACACUUCACCUCCGCUUCAAUCGUAUCAAAAUUGUCGGCGAAAACAUCUCUCAUUUAACGAAUCUAACAAUGCUUAGUCUCCGAGAAAACAAAAUUAAGGAAUUGCCGGGCGGUGUGGGAAGACUCACACAACUGGUCACUCUCGACGCUUCCAACAACCAUUUAGAGCAUCUGCCAAACGGUAACCUCACUUCCCAUACCAUUAUUCAUCCCAUAUUCAUAUACAAAAUCGGAAAUUGUACACAAUUGACGACAUUAGAUGUCCAGCACAAUGAACUCGUAGAUAUUCCCGAAACCAUAGGACAAUUAGCCAGUUUGACGAGACUCGGCCUCAGAUACAACCGAUUGAUGUCAAUCCCGAAGUCAUUAAGCAAUUGCAUCAAUUUGACUGAAUUCAAUGUGGAGAACAACUCACUGUCCCAACUGCCAGAAGGCCUGUUAUCUAGUCUCUCAAAUUUGACAACACUUACACUCUCACGAAAUCAGUUCACAUCAUAUCCAGUGGGCGGGCCCUCACAGUUCUGCAAUGUUUAUUCAAUAAACAUGGAGCACAACAAGAUCAACAAAGUGCCGUUUGGCAUCUUCUCGCGGGCCCGCAAUCUGACCAAACUUAAUAUGAAAGACAAUCAGUUGACGUCACUGCCGCUGGACAUCGGCACGUGGACCAACAUGGUUGAACUCAAUCUGGGAACUAAUCAGUUGACUAAAAUUCCUGAAGACAUUCAGCACUUAGAGAACCUCGAAGUCCUCAUCUUAAGUAAUAACAAUUUGCGACGACUGCCACCGACUGUCGGCAAUCUUCGCAAACUAAGGAUUCUUGACUUAGAAGAAAACAAAUUAGAAGCCCUUCCCAACGAAAUAGGAUCGUUACGAGAGCUCCAGAAGCUGAUCGUCCAAAGCAACCAAUUGUCAGCCCUUCCGCGAGCGAUCGGACAUUUAGCUAAACUCACGUAUUUAAGUGUCGGUGAAAACAAUUUGACAUCAAUUCCAGAAGAAAUCGGCACUUUGGAGAGUCUGGAGUCGUUGUACAUAAACGACAACCAGAACCUGCAUAGCCUUCCGUUCGAGUUAGCCCUCUGUGCAAACCUACAGAUAAUGAGUAUAGAGAACUGUCCGUUAUCUCAAAUUCCAACCGAUAUCGUGAACGGCGGACCAUCUCUUGUCAUACAAUACCUGAAGAUGAAAGGCCCGUAUCGGAUGAUGUGAUGAUUAGUUUAUUUUAUAUUUAUGUUUCUAAACGAAGAAAACAUUUGUUUAAAUCGCAAAACUGUUCUGACGUUUUGAUCAAACAAUUAGUGAAAAAUUAUGAAAACUGAAAAUUUUGAUAAAAAGUAAUAUAUUGGGGGAGUUUUGGUGCUCACGAACUAAACAAAGAGUAGAUUUUAAUUGAAAUUAAUUGCAACAAUUGGUUGAUUGGAAACGCGAGUCCAUUGCGAUCGGUUGACUGACGGGAAGGCGUGAUUCAAAUGAAAUAAUUCGAUGAAUUGUUGGCUUCUCACUAAAAAAUCUGUCUAAACCUCAAAACCAACUCAUUGUUUAUAUAAACCAUUUGUUCGUUUAAUUUGUUUUAUUUUUAAUUAUAAGUAAAAAAUUCCGAAUGUAAUGAAAGACACAGUAUUUAUGCCAUAAAACCAAUCAUCAAAAGACAAAAUACAACAUCAAUUUCGCCGCU